AUUGAACAUUAAUUGAACCAGGAUUCUAUUGCGGGUUUCUGUUCAAGAUAAUACCGUAUUUUACCUAAUAAACAUCAUCUUCAAACAGAUAUAUUUCUAUCAACUUGUCAUUAGUGUGGCAAAGUGGUGAAACGUAUUUUGGACCUUUUGUUUUAGUCCAUACAUCCCCGCAACUGGUUUAAUUAAUGGCUCUUCUAUCUACCCCUUCAAGACACAACAUUGACCAGACUUCGAUGACUAGUCCGGAGUCCAAUGGUGGUAAGUCUCAAUUUUCAAAUGCUUCCUCGAGUUCUAAAAAGAAAAGCAAUGGAUUUUUCAGCAAGUUACUCCGCCGCCAAAGUAAAGAUUUAUCGCCUUCGAGUUCAAAGGGGACUUCACAUUCAACUCCAAGUUCCAAACUAUCUUCAAGAGGAUUAUCACUGAAAAGGAGUUCCAUAAUUGAAGGAAAGGGUGCCUCUAAAUCGUCCAAAAGUUCAAGACGGCCAUCUGUGGAUUAUUCUGAUCAUGAAGAUUCGAGUUUAUAUAUAUAUAAAGAUGAUGAUGAUGAUGAAGAUCAUGAUGGAAAAUUUGGGAAGUUAUACUCUGCUGAUCACGAUGAUGUAAUAUCUUCAGAUUCUUCUCUUAUACAUUCGAUUGCAUCUUCUUCUAUAUUGAAUUCUUCCAAAGCUGAUUUAACAUUGUACGACAGUGGGGACAUAGACGCAAAUAUUGCAUUAACCGCUGAGUUCACGAAUGACUCAACUGGUGAUCUGCCUUGGGGUGGACUAAAGUAUGAAUCUUUAGUACAGCCCAGAUAUAUGAAGACUACUAGAAGAAAGAAACAUUCUCCUUCGACUUUUCGACAUUUGUUCUUGGCUCAAGAAUUGAAUAAAGAUGAUAGUACUGAGACAUCUGCACCCGAUACAGAAACCAUCUCAAUAGAAAGCCAUGAAAAUAAGGUAAUAGGUGGUACAACUUCAAGUGAUGACAUAGAAGACACUUUUAACUCGACUUCAGAUGACCCAGAUGGAGAAGUUGCCGAUGAUACCCCUCAAACAAAUUCAAGGAGAAAAAGAAAGACUAAGAGUACUAAGAAUGAGAUCUACGUUAUGGAAUUUAGUAGAGAUGGGAAAUACUUAGCCACUGCAGGUAGAGAUGCAAGUAUAAAAAUUUGGAAAGUGAUAUCUUCCCCCUUGGCAAUGUUAGAAUACAAAAGAAAUGAAGCGGAGGGUGGGUCCGAAGAAGGUCGUUCAAAAAGACGUAUGAAACGCGACGGAGUCUUUCCACAUGCUCCAGUAUUCCAUAGCAAACCAGUGAGGGUAUUCCAGGGUCACACACAUAACGUAUUAUCUCUUGAUUGGAGUAAGAAUAACUUUUUGAUCUCGGGAAGUAUGGAUAGAACUGUAAGACUUUGGCACAUAGAUAGACCAGACUGCUUACAAACAUUCCCACAUGAUGAUUUUGUUACAUCUGUGAAAUUUCACCCCACCGAUGAUAGGUUCUUUUUAAGUGGUUCGUUAGAUAACAAGUUAAGAUUAUGGUCAGUACUUGAACAGACAGUUGCGUAUGUCAACGAUCUUGGAGAUGAUGUGUUGAUCACGGCAGUAAGCUUUACACCCGAUGGAAUGAACUGUCUUGCUGGUGGAUUCAAUGGAUCGUUAUUUACCCUUGAAACUAAAGGGUUGCAUGUUAAGCAUAGGUUUGAAGUUAAGGAAAAGUAUUUCGUAAACCCCUUCCAUAAUAAGAAUGGUAACAAAAUCACAGGAAUCAAAGUUUUUGAAAAUCCAAAUCACCAUGAUUUGUCCAAUGACGAGGACGAUCCAUUGAAUAAGUGGAACAUAUUGGUAACUACAAAUGAUUCAAAGGUUAGGCUUGUCAACUCUUCACUGAAGAAGUUGGUCACACGAUUUAAAGGUUUGACCAACAAUAGUUCAUCCAUUGUUGCAUCAAUGAGUGACGACCUGCGCUACAUAAUAUCCGGAUCAGAGGACCAUUGGUGCUACGUGUGGGAAAAUAACAACACAAUUAUCAAUAACAGAUUGAAACUUGCAUUGAAAGACUUUCUUGUCGAAGGAAAACAUCAACUUACAGACUUACACAAUAAACAUAAAAAGACAAACAAAAUGAUUCAUGCGAAUGGAUUUCUCAAGAAGUUGAACGUUCAAAGAUUCUUGGAUGAUGAUGAAUAUAAGUAUGAAUAUAUUUCAAAUGAAAACCAUAGCUAUUCCUCAUUCCAUCCACAUCAUUCUAAAGUUAACUGUGCUAUAUUUGCUCCACGUGAGACUUCAAAGUUAUUGGAAUUAUCUGACGAUAUACUUUUUGACAUGGUAAAAAGAAAGAAGAAGUAUGAUACUGUAUCAAAGAAUUUGAACUCAGAGAAGGGUACACCAGUAGGGAUGUCAGAGGAUAAAAAUAUGAAAUAUGGCUAUAUUGUUGUAACUACCGAUCAAUAUGGCCUUAUUCGUGUUUUUAGACAAGAUGUUGCUUUUGAAGUUCGUAAAAAGCUCUUGAAUUACAGAAAGAAAUGUUUACGUGGCAAACAGUCUCCCGAAAUCGAUUGUAACAUUGUGUCCGACGGGAUUGGUGGUGCACAUGGUAAAAAUCCAAAUCUUCGAUUAGAUCUACCCCACUUAAACCUGGUAGGUAGGAAACUUCUGAUGCAUAGGAGUCUAAGCCCUACACACGAAGGUUACACGAAUUUGAAAAAUAAACUACACAGCAAAAUGAGAGGAACAAACGGAUCGUUAAAUGGCAGUAAUCCUGGAACACCGACAUCUGGUUCGACAUUAACGAGUUUAUCAAAUAGACCACCACUUACUGACUACGUUUCUUCGAGCGCCAUUAUCAAUGGAAGACACACACCUCAAUCUCAGCAUACCAGUAUGUUUUCAAAUCACCACGUUGCUGUCGAUCUAGGACUGAGUCCGGAAAAAGUCGACGAUAAUCUGACCUUAGAUCCUGUAUCAUUAAAGUCGCCAGCUUCCACCAAGACAUUAGUCAACCCUAGACGCACGUCAAAUAAAUCAGAGAAUGCUUCUGUUUUAUCUGCACCUGAACAGCCUCAACCAAAUAAGCCAAGCGUGCCUCUUAUUAUCAACACUACAACCGUUGGUUCUGACGAAGGUGAACAUUCAGAACUCGUCCAUUUCCAAACACCACACAAUGUGAUAGACGGAGAAGAGCAGUGGAACAAUCUGAUACAUGAUGUCUCCUUCGCAAGACAAAAAUCUAGAGGUCGACGUAGGCAAACUUAAAUAUUAAAGAAACAAUUUAUAUAUUCAUGAACACCCUUAUUUACAAAUUAUAACUUCUAUGUAGAUUUAG